AUGGGCGAGCAUAAUCUCCUUAAUCCAGGGUUUGUGGGACCUUUGGUAAACAUCCACACUGGGGACACAUUUUACUUUCCGAAUUUUAGAGCCUCAGGGGGACAACUGGCGGGGCUACCGUCUCUCUCCUACCCGAGAAGGGACAAUGUUUGCUCCCUCCCGUGGAAUCCAUCGGAGCCGUGCAAUGGAUACUCUCAAUCCUACUUUAGCAGCCCCGUGUCCAUUAACCCUUCUUUCAACCGGUCGUGUGAAAUAACCAGGCCAGAAGAGGGUAAAUGUUAUUAUAGCAACGGCAGCGGAAACAGGGAGACAUGUUCAGGUGGCAGCAGCCUCAAGCGGGAGGAUAGGGCGAGAGACACAUCAUCCCUCACAUCUGACCACGGGAUGCACAGUGGCAUGGGCAGCGGUGCUGCCUUUUCCAAAUAUGAAUAUGGGACCGAGCAACUAACGCAAGACCCGCCAUCCUGUCAGUCGCUGGAAUCCGACUCCAGUUCUUCGCUGCUCAACGAGGGGAGUAAACCUUCAUCCAGCGAUACACAGACCCUGGUGUCACCGGGAAAUCAUACAGCUAACAUAGCUGCAGGCGGAGGUGCCCCCUGGUACCCGAUGCACACUCGGACCAGAAAGAAACGUAAACCAUAUUCCAAACUUCAACUGGCUGAGCUGGAGGGUGAAUUCAUGCUGAAUGAGUUCAUCACCAGGCAAAGGCGAAGGGAGCUUUCCGACCGUCUAAAUCUCAGCGACCAACAAGUUAAGAUCUGGUUUCAGAACCGCAGGAUGAAGAAGAAGAGACUCAUGUUGAGGGAACAAGCUUUGGCCUACUUUUAG